CUUUCGCCCACACCACAGCACCGCUGCCGAAGGUGGGAAAGAAGGCGGCGGCGGAGGCACCGGCACCGGCACCGCCUAGGAAAGGAAACCGAGGAAACUACAGCCAUGGUGGUACGGAUCCGUCUGGCGCGGUUCGGGUGCCGGAAUCGGCCCUUCUACCGGGUGAUGGCCGCCGAUAGCCGCUCCCCUCGAGACGGCAAGCACCUCGAGGUCCUCGGCUACUAUAACCCGCUCCCAGGGAAGGAUGGAGGCAAGAGGAUGGGCCUGAAAUUCGACCGGGUGAAGUAUUGGCUGUCAGUUGGGGCACAGCCAUCAGAUCCUGUGCAGAGUAUUCUCUUUCGUGCCGGACUUCUGCCACCACCUCCAUUGCUAGCUAUGGCACGGAAGGGUGGGCCACGUGAUAGGCGCCCCAUUCAUCCAAUGACUGGGCGCCCUCUGGAUCUCGAGGGUGUCGCAAUUAUUGAUAAUUCCAAUGCUCCUGAAGGCGAUACUGAAGUGCCUACAGAUGAGGUGGCUCAAUAAGCCUUUUGUAUUAGCAUAGCAUAUGUAGCGGUGCUGCAAAAGAAAACUUGUUUGAUGUGCUUGUGGCAAGACUUUGGGUACUCGUACAAUGUGGCAAACUUUUAAACAGGUAACUUUCAUCCAUUUCUCUUCUUAAAAAUAUGUCAGUUCCCGCUGUUUGUUCUUAAAAAAAAUGGUGCUGUGUGCAUCAGUAGCUUUUGUUCUGCAGCACCAUCAAUUUGUGGUAUCUAGUAUUCUCUGCACUUGCCUG